UAUCAUUCAGUCAGUCUCUGAGCAAGCGUUCAAAGCGAAGGUUGUUGUUUUCUGUAUCUGUGACUUCGAUUUAACUCUUUAACCAUUGUCUGUCUAGUCCAAAGUUCACAGUAAAUUGCAAGCGAAUUUUUAUUACCAAUCAAGACUAAAUCAAUACAAAACAGACUAAAAUGGAGGGAAAAACUGUUAUUAUCACUGGAGCCAACAGCGGUAUUGGCAAGGAGACAGCCAAGGAUCUGGCUGGUCGUGGAGCUCGCAUUAUUAUGGCAUGCAGAAAUCUAGAGACAGCCAAUGCAGUCAAGGAUGAAAUCGUCAAGGAGACUAAUAAUAACAAAGUUGUGGUUAAGAAACUAGAUUUGGGCUCUCAGAAAUCGGUGCGCGAAUUUGCCGCUGAUAUUGUGAAAACGGAAUCGAAAAUCGAUGUACUGAUUCACAAUGCUGGCAUGGCCCUGGCUUUCCGUGGACAGACCAGCGAGGAUGGCAUUGAGCUGACAAUGGCAACGAACCACUAUGGCCCAUUCCUAUUGACGCAUCUAUUGAUUGACUUGCUCAAGAAGAGUGCUCCAGCCCGUAUUGUGAUUGUGGCCUCCGAGUUGUAUCGUCUGUCCUCGGUGAAUUUGAAUAAGCUAAAUCCCAUUGGCACAUUCCCAGCUGCCUAUUUGUAUUAUGUGUCGAAAUUUGCCAACAUUUACUUUGCCCGUGAGCUGGCCAAGCGUCUGGAAGGUACCAAGGUCACGGUUAACUUCUUGCAUCCCGGCAUGAUCGAUUCGGGCAUUUGGCGUAACAUUCCAUUCCCCCUCAAUCUGCCAAUGAUGGCCAUUACCAAGGGUUUCUUUAAGACAACUAAGGCUGGUGCCCAAACCACAAUCUAUUUGGCCACAUCCGAUGAAGUGGCCAAUGUUUCGGGCAAAUAUUUCAUGGACUGCAAGGAGAGCACGCUCAAUGCAGCUGCUCUUGAUGAGGAGAAGGGACUCAAAUUGUGGGAGGAAUCGGUGAAAAUUGUCAAACUGACACCCCAAGAGCCCAAGAUCUAAAAAACAUUUGACGAAAGUUGAAUGUUUACUCAUUCUGAUUUCUGUUUUCUUGCUAUAAAUAUUGAAUUGAAUUAUUGCUUUUUAUAAUUAAGGGGAGUAGCUUAAGGUUUUUCUACAAAAAAUAAAAAAUAUAUAAAGACA